AUGUUGCGACGGCCGCGGCCUCGUGGCCAGUUGUACCGUUGCUCCCUCGCAGCCCUCACUGUCGUCGCGCUCUGCCUAGGUCCCGGGGCUGCUUGUGCGAGGGGCGCAGAGGCUCAGUGUGAAGUGUGUCAAGGUUUUUUGGAAAGAUUUUACAGUUCUUUAAAAGAAAAGCAUUCUGAUUUCUCAAUGGCUUCUAUAGAGAAUGAAUUAGUCAGGAGUUGCAUGAAUGCAAAAGGAAAAGAAAACCGCUUGUGUUAUUACAUUGGGGCCGCCAGCGAUGCAGCUACCAAGAUACUUAGUGAAGUCAGCCGUCCAAUGAGUGCUCAUGUACCUGUGUCUAAAAUCUGCGAGAAGCUGAAGAAAACAGACCUUCAGAUCUGUGAGCUUAAAUAUGAAAGAAAACUUGAUUUAACAUCGACAGAUCUCUCUAAGAUGAGAGUGGCUGAACUGAGGAAGAUCCUCGAUAACUGGGGAGAAGUGUGCAGAGCGUGCAUCGAAAAAACGGAUUUUGUGAACCUGAUCCAAGAGGUUGCACCAAAACAUACAGCUGCAACUUCUCGAGCUGACCUCUGAUGGAAUGGUGCCUAAUCUAAGCACAUGCCUCUUUACUCCAUGGUGCUACAUCUCUCAGCACAAUGAAGUCAUGAUUUGACGUAACUAACACGAAUAGUUCCAAGGAAUUUGCUAUAAGUAAAUGCUAAUCGAAAUUCAAGGUCCUUGGAAGUGGCAAAGUAUAAUGAGAAUUUAAGUAGAAAGGAAAGACUGGCAAAAUGGAUUAUUAGGAGAUAAUGACUUCAGA